AUGGCGGAAGGGGAUUUCGCGUUAGCACUAGUCGCAGAACCGUAUACCAUCCCAGAGGAUCAUCCCCAUUGGUUCUCAAACAGAAGGGAAACGGUAGCCAUUACAUGGAGAAUGGCAAACGAAGCGAUGCCAUGUACACCGUAUAGUAGAGGGGAACAUUAUGUAUCAGUAAGAUGGGGGGACAUGCUGGUGGCAGGAACAUAUCUAUCUCCGAGCAUGAAUGCCACUCAAUUCGAGGACGCAAUGGAGGAAUUGGAAAGAUGGGCAAUCCAAAAUAUGGACAAGCCGAUUAUAAUUGCAGGAGACCUAAACGCGAAAUCAGAUAUGUGGAACUCGGAGGUCACCAAUGCCCGAGGAAAUAUAGUGGCAGAAUGGGCUAGCUCAUUAGGCAUGUGCUGCCUAAACAAAGGAAGGGAAAGUACCUGUAUAAGAUUAAACGGGGAAUCGAUAGUAGAUAUCUCCUUUGCAAAUCCAGCGGCGGCUACAAGAGUCACCGACUGGUUUGUCUUUGGCAGGGAAUCCAAAUCGGACCACAGGUACGUGGAAAUUCACCUACAGUCCACUAGAACGCAGAUCCACAAGCGAAGUCUCCCUAGAGCAAAAAGAUGGGCGACAAAGAAGCUGGAGAAGGACAGGUUCUUAGCUGCAAUAAUGAUAAGAACAUGGCCGAAAAAGGAAGUAGGAGCAAUAGAAAACCUUGACGAACAAGCCAAAUUUUAUCAAAAAGCUCUAACAGAGGCAUGCGACAUAGCCAUGCCUAGGACGAAACCAAGACCUAGAAGAGCUAUCCCGUGGUGGAGUGAGGAGUUGGACCGUCUCCGCCAAGAACUCACCAAUGCAAGGAGGCAGAUUAAAAGAUUAAGGCGAAGGAGGGUCUCACCAGAGAAUGAAGAAAUUCAACAGAAAAUAGAUGGAUACAGGCAGGCCAGAGACAACUUUGGCAAGGCCGUUAGAAGAGCCAAGGCCAAGGCCUGGGAGGAGUUCACACUCUCCCUAAAUGACGAACCAUGGGGGCGACCAUAA